UUAAUCGGCACGCGUUUUGGCUGCACACGACACGGCAACCAGAGAAGAUUUGAGACAAAGCACCACUCACUAAUGCUCUACACUAAGUACCCAGCUACCGCCGAACACAUACUGAUAUGCCCUCCGAAAACGGCUACAAAAACGGAAUGGAACGUAGGGAGGAAACAACCACAGAUGGUCAUCCCACGAUCACCGACCCAAAACAGCUUACGACGGUAUACAAGCGCAGCGGGGCGUUCGACAAACAGCGAAAACAGCUUCUCAAUGACUUUAAAGACUCAGAGACUUUCUCCCGGGUCUCCAGUGUGAUUCAGCAGCGGAUCCGGAAGAAAGUGGCCAAGGAUCCGUCCCUUCUUGCCAAGAACAAGGGUAAGAUUGCUGCGUUGAUUCAAGGCGAGAUCAUUAAUGACCCCGAGGUGAUUGAGUUGAUUGAAAAAGACAUCAGGCGACGCGUUUUUACAGCCAAAGAAUCGCAUAACGCGGUGUAUAAUGGGCUUGACGAUAUCCAGCGGACGCUUUUGGGGCUCCCGAACCGCUCCGAGGACUUUGGAAAAGAGACACACCACGAGGAACGGCUGAGUAAGACGGCGACUAGAGGGACCGAUAAGGUGGACAUAUCUUCGUUGUAUUAGUGAUCGCACAGAGAGGGGGCCUCCAGAAUAUCUGGAUGGGGCAAUAGAUAUACCCGGUAGAGACUUCAGCUUGAACCAAGAGUUAGUUCAAGGUGGUCUGGUUAGAUGGAUAUGCUUUCCAUAAACCUUUAGAGGUACUGGCCAACCUGAGAUGCUAAUUGGAAAGCGCCGAUGUUUUGGUAGCGAAAUAGUGCGUUUAGAUAGAAGUAUGAAAGUCCCAUCACCUUCCAUUUUGUUGUAGAAGCUGGAGGUGUUUUAUUACAAUAGUUUACUCCUUU